AUGAAAGUGGUCGCGUUAGACGCCGGGGGCGCGACGCUAAAGGCGUCCGUGCUCGGUCGAGGCACGACGUCGACCAUAUCGAUCCUGGCGAAUCAUGUCGCGUCAACUUCCGGUGCUUCUCCGGCGCCGGUCCUGUGGAUGGGUCAGAAACUGCAGGAGCUCGAGCGACAGCGCGCAAAUUUGCGCUACUUACGGCCGGUGCAGAGGGGGUACUGCGUGAACUGGAACAUCGAGUCGGAGCUCUGGGGUCAUCUUUUGUCAAGUGAGAUCCUGAAGGUGGAAGACCCGUCCGAGUACUCACUGGUGGUGACUGCCCCGUUGUUCGCCCCUACAGUCGUGAACGAGAGCAUGGAUCAGGUCGUGUUUGAAGAACUGCAGUUCCAGUCUUACGCUCGAGUCAGCGCAGCAGAGAGUUGUGUGCUGUCGUACUCGGAGCACUGCGAACGUAAGUUCCAGAAACGUUGCGGCGAAACUGCGAUGAGAGAUUGUGAUGAAGAUCAGCUCCGGUUCUCGACGUCGUCGUGCCAUCUGGUAGUGGACUCUGGCUUCUCGUUCACCCACGUGUAUCCAGUGAUCAACGGGCGAGUAUACAAGCCAGGUGUAAAGCGCAUUGAUGUUGGCGGCAAGUUAUUGACAAAUUACCUCAAGGAGAUUGUGUCGUUUCGCCAGUAUAACGUCAUGGACGACACGUCCGUGAUGAAUGAGCUGAAAGAGGCGCUUUGCUACUGCUCGAUGGAGUUCGACAGUGACCUGAGACGGUACCAUUCCGAUCGGCAAGAGAGAAAGCAUUGGGUUCUACCCGACUAUGUCCAGACUUUUGAAGGACGGCUUCGUGAUGACAAUGAAGAAGACGAUACGGCUAUGUCAGAUGAGGAAGAGCUUACAAAGGCAAACGACGACGCACAGCCUGUGGCGGCGAGCGAUGAAGAGCAAAUAUUGGAAAUGGGAGUCGAGAUGAUCACGGUGCCAGAAGUGCUGUUCAAUCCAUCGGACAUUGGCAUUCAUCAGGCAGGUAUCGCAGAGGCUAUCGUGCAAGCUGUUGGGGCGUGUCCUGAAGAGCUCUCAGGGGCUUUGUACGCUAACAUCUUGCUCGUUGGCGGCAAUACACGAUUCAAGAACUUUCGACAGCGUCUUGAGCGCGAUCUGCGGCCGCUUGUGCUCGACGACUUUGACGUAUGUAUGUACGAGGCACCAGAUCCCAUUCUCGCUGCAUGGCAAGGCUGUUGUUCUUUGGUAGAGUCCGGUGCGCUAUCUGAACGGAUCGUAAGCAAAGCAGAGUACGAAGAGCAUGGCAGCAACAUCUGUGUGAAGCGCUUUUAG